UCCAGUUAUAAAUCAUUGAAAAUCAUAUAUUUAAAGUAACAUUUUAUCUAGUGUUCACGUGCCUCAGGACAAACAUUUUUUUUUCGUGUUUCGCGCUUGUGAGCCACUAUCCGCCCGCUGCAGGAAGAAACCUUUGUGACAGCUUGUGAUUGGACUGUCACUGUCCACCAGUGACACUUGUCAAAGCAGAAAUACAAGUAGUUUCUGUCUACUGUUACCGUUGACUAUGGCUGGCAGACAGGCGGUGAAAGCGUACUUGGAUCUCUUGUCGCAGCCAUGCAGGGCUGUACUAAUAUUCCUUAAACACAACAAAAUACCACAUACGGUGGAGCUCGUUGCGUUACGAAAAGGGCAGCAUAAAACACCUGAGUUCUCCAAACUCAACCCCAUGCAAAAAGUGCCAGUGCUGGACGACAAUGGAUUCGUGCUUACUGAGAGUGAUGCCAUAUUGAAGUAUCUGGCGACAACCUACAACGUCCCUGAUCACUGGUACCCCAAACUGUCAGAGAAGAGAGCCCGAGUGGAUGAGUACACGGCCUGGCAUCAUGUGAACACACGUAUGCAUGCUGCCACAGUCUUCCUGCAAGAGGUUAUAUUUCCAAAUAUGGGACAGCCAACAAAUCCUGCAAAGUUUAAAAAAGCGCUGACAGACCUGGAUGGCACACUAGACAUGCUGGAAAACAUGUUUUUGAAGAGAAAGCCCUUCCUGUGUGGUGAUGACAUCUCAUUGGCUGACCUUUUAGCAGUAUGUGAGCUCAUGCAGCCCAUGUGCAGCGGGAGGGACGUUCUGAAGGACAGACCCAAACUGCAGAGCUGGAGGAGUCGAGUCCAGUCAGCGCUCUCUGACUCCUUUGAUGAAGCUCACUCUGUUGUCUAUCAAAUAAGGCAGAAGUUCACAGCUAAACUGUGAAAAAUCAACUCUCUAUACAGAGCAGUUAAUUGUAGAAGAUUAUAUCACUAAUCACACAUUUAAUAUGAUUAACACGGCAUUUGUCUAACAUGUUUGAUUAAUAUAUGGUUUCAAAAGAGGCAUAUAUCCAUAUAUGCAUAUUAAUAAGAGGCAUACGUUUAAUGAACUUUUUGUGCACAUAGUUUGUGCCUUUUCAAAUAUCUACAUAACAUGGUAGUGUGGUUUCUAAAUGAAGAAAACUGUGAUUAUUCAAAUAUAACUAAAAAUAUAAAAACAUUUUAUUGUUGACAGGAACUGGUAAAAGAAUACUACAAGUGUGUGAACGUCGAGACCCAGGUUUGCUCUUGAAUGAUGCUUUUCCUUCUCACUCUUGUGCCUUACCUUUCUGUGAUGGAAGUGUCCAAUUAAAGUGGUCUCAGUUAAUAAUA